UCGCUUCCGGUGGGGUCCGCAACGGUUUCGGGUAGCGGCUCAAGCCAGGAGGAGGUGGGGGGGGGAGGUCCUCGCCUUUGGGUGGGCUUCGGCGAGAGAAUGGAGCUUUGGCCUCCGCGUCCUCGUGAGGCACCUUCGGGUCGGGCUGAAGACUUUUCUCACCCAAAUGCGCAGACUUAUAAUGAUGGAAUCGAACUGGCUUGCCAACAGCAAAAAGAAUUUGUAAAGAGUUCUGUGGAAUGCAAAUGGAAUUUAGCAGAAGCCCAGCAAAAACUUGGAAGUUUAGCAUUACACAAUUCAGAAUCUCUGGACCAAGAACAUGCCAAAGCACAGACAGAAAUUGAUGAAUUGAGAUGGAGAGAAGAAGAAUGGCGGCGGAAGGAGGAAGUAUUAAGACAGAAAGAGAGACAGAAUUUAUGGAAUAUGGAUUUUGUUAGCAAAGAGGUAUUUAACAAGAGUUUUAUUAAUCAAAAGAAACGGAAAGAAACUGAGGAAGAUGCAUCUAAAUCAUUCAUGCAAAAACAUGAGGAGAAAAUUAGACAUUUUGGAAUGUUGAGCAGAUGGUUUGAUAGUCAGAGAUUUCUCUCUGAUCACCCAUACCUUGUCUGUGAAGAAACAGCAAAAUAUCUUCUUUUAUGGUGUUUUCAUCUAGAAGCAGAACAGAAAGGCGCUCUAAUGGAACAAGUAGCUCAUCAAGCUGUAGUGAUGCAGUUCAUUAUAGAAAUGGCCAAGAGCUGUAAUGUGGAUCCCCGAGGAUGUUUUCGCCUAUUUUUCCAAAGAGCUAAGACAGGGGAUGAAGGCUAUUUGGAAGCUUUUAAAAAUGAACUGGAAGCAUUCAAAUCAAGAGUGAGGAUUUGUUCACAAUCUCAGAAUUGUCAAGCUAUGCCUGUUCAGAAUCCUUUAUUUCACAAUGAUCUGAAUUGUAUAGGUGGACUUGCACCUCAGAAUGCAGAAUCGCUUCAAGGCUGCAGUUUGCAAGGUUUAGUGGUACACAGAGAGGAGGAAGAAGCUAAAAUGAUGGAUACAGUAUAGUACUCUUAAGACUGAAGCCAAGUACACUUCUUUCCAAGAGAAGACGACGGCAAUUUUCUUAAGACUUCUUUUUAUGGGUGCUGCACUUUAUUUUGAAUGGAGGGAGGGGAAUUGUUUUGUUUUGAGCUUUUGGAGAGAGAGUAAGGCAGAAACACACAUCAUUUUCUUUGAAAAACAAAUGUGCUGCUAUCUUUCUUCCUAUGUUUCUUACUUUUAAGAAAGGGAUGUUCUUGUAAUUUGCUGAAUGUGAAACUACGUUUUCUGCUACUGCUAAAAUCUUGCCUUUUAAUUUUAGUAAUCAAAGUAUGAGAAACCUGCACAGUUGCAAUGUUUACAAUUGAUUCCUUCAGGAAUCUGCUUUAAUCUUAUUAGAUACUACCCAAAAGUUGCUGUGGAUACUAAAGAUCAUUGUAAUGUGUUCCGUUGCUUGCAUCCUAGGCAUUCAAAUCUGAUUUUAUCACAAAAAGCAAUAAAUCUAUGAUUGCUAUUGGUGUUGCAUCUCUGGAUGGCUCACAAAAAAGCACUAGCCAUUUAUAUUACAGGGAUGUUUUUUACUGUUUCUGAAUGAGAGCCUUCUAUAUUUUAUUUUGAUUCUUACAUAUCUUGAUGUGUAAGUGGCCAUAGUGGAAUUAUAACCAGUAUUUCUGGAGACAGAUCUGCAUAUGUCACAGAAAGUUUAACUUUUCUUAAUCUUGGAAAUGAGAACAAUAUGACAAACAUCAGCCACUGCUGAGUGUUUCAUCAGGUGCCAAAUUCUGAUUUUUCCCCCCCUCAGAUCUGAGCUUAUAAUCUUUUAUUUGGUAAACUGUUGAAUGCCUCAAAAGAAAUAAUCAGUGACUAUUUUAAAACCAAAUAACCCAAAUAGCCAUGAAAUUACUUUGAUACAGACUUGGUACUGAAAUGUUGUCAUUUACAUCAGACUGUGUAAACCUUUUCUUAUAAAUUGUUUACAAAGCCCAAAAUAAUGAAAAACAUUUUUUUCUACUAUUCUAUCCAUCUGCUUCUGAAUUAAUCACUCUUGAUGUAGCAGUAUGUUAAAAUACAACUUUGUAAAUGCUAUCAGUACAUAAUUGCAUUCAAUGAGUAGUCUUGAAGCAUCACAGUUCUAGAGUAAGGAAGGAUUUGUAGAUUCUAUCCAAAAACAUACUUGCCUAUGAUAAAGUCCCUAAGAAGCAAUAUUGACAUGCAAGAUAAGAGUGACGUGUGAUUGACCAGGGCUUUGUUGCUUUCUUUAGUUUCCUAAAUUUCUCUCCUUUAAACGGAAUAUUGACAGUGGGAACUACUGAGUAAAAAUAAUUGAGUCUCAACUCAUUCACACAAUCUUCCCAGAAUUGACAAAGUUCCUUUGGGUCUUGUUUUUUUGUAUUGAAUGCAAUUUCAUGUUAGUUUUCUGAUUAAAGCAAACUAUAAUCUCUUUAGGUCUCACUUAGUACUAUGACUUGGGGGUGCUUCCUGUCAUAAGUAUAGAGGCUAAUCUAUCAUUCUGGAUGUUUCCCAGAAUAGCUUCAAAUAAUGAGGUGUUCAUAAGAGUAAAUCAUGAUUAGUUAUUUCAUAUUUCUGAAAAUCUAAUCCAGAAAGAAAGGUCAAAAUGAGACACUGAUUUUAAAAUUAAUUUUCAGUGGUUGAUUGAGAAGAUAAUUUUAUGAACUAGCAACUCCCUAGUACCUUGGAUAAUUUUUUAAAGUGUAGCAAGGGAACAUCCAUGUUAGAAUUGGCUAACAAGCAACCGGUGAUGUGUCUUGGGUCUUGGUUAUUUUAAUUAUGAUGAAGUCUGGAUUUAACAAGUUGGUUCAGAUGACAAAAGAUCAGAUAGGCCUUGAUGAUACUAACUGUGUAACAUAGAGAAUCUUAUUUGCAAGAAACUAAGUCUGAAAAUCCCAUUUAAAACUCUAAUUUAUAAAGACAUUAAAUAUUGCAAUUUAAUCAGAACUUUUUGGGUUGAGACAAUAAUGUGUGAUUCUGAUUUGUAACUGAGUGAGAAAUGAUGGUUGAUUAUGCUCACAGAAUAACGGAAUGGAGGAAAUAAAUCUUGAGAUGUGGAGAAUUUUAUUGAAGCAUCGCUUCUUUUAAGUUCAGCCAUUACUGUUUUUAAAUGGUUGCUUACAUUGUAACAUUGUAAUAUACUUUCUUAGAGAUCACUUUUUAUACUUUUCAAAUUUGUGGCCUCUCUCCUGUAUUUCUAGGUACUUUUGCACGGUCAUGUUUUCAGCUCUGUGAGAAUAGAAAAAUAUGGUUGGGACUAAAAACUGGAUUUCUUUUCCAUUAGGUCUGCUCUUGGGAAAAUUAAUCUGCAGGCAAAGUAAUUUGGAGCAAGCAGGGAAAAAGCCCCUAGUGAUUUAAGUAGAAAAACAAAAAAUUGGCAUUUUUUAAAUUCAAGUAGAACAAAAUUAGGGAUGAAGCAAAACUAAUCAGUAUUUCUUUCCAAAAAUAAAUCUCACUUCAUUGGAGUGUGGGAGUGGUUGAGUUCUAUUUGAAUUCCCCCAUAAAUAAUCAACUAUAGCAAAUAUAGUGUGUUGCAAGAUUGGCAAAACAGUCUCCUGAAAUUUUCCAAUGGAACUCUAAUUUAGAUGCAAGUGGACUGGGAUAGUUACAUUUAAAAAAAAUUUUUUUUUACAAUUUUAAUGAAAGCAAUAGAAAAGAAUUCUCCAUCUGGUUCCUUGUAGAUAGGUUGAGUUGCAUUGUUUAGAAUUUCAGACCAAUCCCAACACAGUAAAUCAGCAACAAGUUUGUGAAAUGGCUUUAGCUACCUGUAUUACUACUGUGGUUUUAACCUGAUGUUGCAGAAUCGGUGGCAAAUAUGAGACCAAAUUUGAUAAGAACAAGGGAGCAACAAGAAUAUUAAAGUCAGUAGAACUUUUUUUUUUUGCAUGAAAUGUUAAGGGUACAUGAGAAAGCAGUAUCCAACUUCAACUAGCCAAUACUCUGUUAUUGGAAUGUUCUGAACUCAGCUUAUUUCUAAAAUGGUAAUUGAAUUGGAAAUAAAUUCUUAAAGCAAGAGAGUAAUCUGGCAGAAGAGAAGUUGACUCCAUUUUAUGUAAACAUUCGGUCAUCCACAUAGAAUAGAAAAAUAGCCAUGGCUGUCUAGUGCGGCUUUGUACCUAUUUUUCUAGCAAUGUGAUUAAGACAAGGAGUGUAGACAUUUCAAUUUUUGAAGGCAAAAAAUAACAAAUACAAAAUCUGGACACUAAAAAUUGCUAGUUGGCUGGCUUGCAAAAUGGGUUGGGAAAUAGUACUCAUCUUUGGAUUGUUCUGGGCAUAGCUAAAGAAAGAAUUAAACUGAUACAAGUUAAGAAUUGUGUUUUAUCUGACAACAUUGUUUUGCCUGUGAUUUUUUUCCAUUCUGUCUCUGUAAUCACCUUCUCAUCCUAACAUCUGUUUUUUCACAAACAUAUUUGUUUUGUUGAUCAUUUCAUUAAUUUUUUUUACAGCUGUUGUAUAAUCCAAAGAUUCUGAAACUAAAGCCUAUGAGCAACUUUGUUCUGUUCUGAGACAGAUGACAUCAGGCCUGUAUUCUGAAUUUUACCCUCCAUUUGACUGGCAUUUAGAGUAGCAGAGGCUGUUUUAAGCAAGGCUUUUUACCUGCGUGGGAUGGGAUUUUGAUUUUUUUUUUGCUGUUUUCAAAGUCAAAUACAGAAGGAGUAUGAACAGUGACGCUGAUCAAAGCUAAAACUGACAAAAAAUAUACUGGCAUCAUAGUCCUUUGCUUAUUAAAAAGGUGUAUUCAUUAAAGGCAAGAUUACAUUUGUUAAAAUAUGAGUUAUGUUUGUCCUUUUGAUUUGUAGAAUAAACCAUUUUCAGUGAUCCAUAGUCAUCUGGUAUAUUUCAAGCACUUGGUUGAGGGGAAAAUUGAGAAGUGCUGAUUUGAGUUCUAGCCAAUUUGCCUUGUGACUUCAUUAGAUUAUUCUAAAGCAGUGACUCCAAAUCUUGGAAACUACCAGGUGUGCAGACCAACUCUUGUGAUUACCCAGCCAGCCUGGCCCUUGCUGAGAAUUCUGGGAGUUGAAGUCCAUACAUCUGCCCUUCCCCACUGCUGCAAAGCACUUUUCCAAAGCCUUAAGAAGAGGGCAACGUGGCAAAUUUUGCUUCAUGGUCUGAAAUAUAUUGUAAAUUUAAGAUUGCCCCAUAUGAAGUUUGGAAUUAAAAUAUAAGUUGCUGUUAAUAAAAUAACUGUACUUUU